AGAGGGGCCCCCUGCCGGGGGGAGGCGAGGACCUGGGCUGGGCUUUCCGCACCCUGGUAUCUUCUUUUCCCAUAACUUCAGUGCCCUGAAACCCGAGUAUUCCACCAAGAUAAUAUGAUAGGCACUUUCCAUGGUUUGGAGCCAUAUCCUACUUAGACGAAUGUGGGCCUUCCAGAGGUCCUGAGAGCUUGGUACAGAGCACACACUGCUUGCUAGUUGGCGUGGCAAUAAUGCCAUCUCUGCCUCAAGAAAGAGUUAUUCAGGGGCCUUCUGCCUUGGAUCUGAGUACAGAGCUGCCUUUUCAAAGCACACUGAAAAGGAGAGUCAGAAAGAAGAAAAAGAAGGGAACAAUUACAGCCAAUGUUGCUGGGACAAAGUUUGAAAUUGUUCGUUUAGUAAUAGAUGAAAUGGGAUUUAUGAAAACUUCAGACGAGGAUGAAACGAGUAACCUGAUAUGGUGUGACGCCGCAGUUCAGCAGGAGAAGAUUGCAGAGCUGCAAAACUACCAGAGGAUCAACCAUUUUCCAGGAAUGGGGGAGAUCUGUAGGAAAGAUUUCUUAGCAAGAAAUAUGACCAAAAUGAUCAAGUCCCGGCCUCUGGAUUAUACCUUUAUUCCUCGAACAUGGAUCUUCCCUGCGGAAUAUACUCAAUUCCAGAACUACAUGAAAGAAUUGAAGAAAAAAAGGAAGCAGAAAACUUUUAUAGUAAAACCAGCUAAUGGUGCAAUGGGUCAUGGGAUUUCUUUGAUAAGAAAUGGUGACAAACUUCCAUCUCAGGAUCAUUUGAUUGUUCAAGAAUACAUCGACAAGCCUUUCCUAAUGGAAGGCUACAAGUUUGAUUUACGAAUUUACAUUCUGGUAACAUCAUGUGAUCCACUAAAAAUAUUUCUCUACCACGAUGGACUUGUGCGAAUGGGAACAGAGAAGUACAUUCCACCUAAUGAGUCCAAUUUGACCCAGUUAUACAUGCACCUGACAAACUACUCUGUGAACAAGCACAAUGAGCGUUUUGAAAGGGACGAGACGGAAAACAAGGGCAGCAAACGCUCCAUCAAAUGGUUUACGGAAUUCCUGCAAGCAAAUCAACAUGAUGUCGCCAAGUUUUGGAGUGACAUUUCAGAGCUGGUUGUUAAGACUCUGAUUGUGGCAGAGCCUCAUGUCCUGCAUGCUUAUCGGAUGUGCAGACCUGGGCAGCCUCCGGGGAGUGAAAGUGUCUGCUUCGAAGUCCUGGGAUUUGAUAUUUUGUUGGACAGAAAGCUAAAGCCGUGGCUUCUGGAGAUCAACAGAGCUCCGAGCUUUGGGACUGAUCAGAAAAUAGACUAUGAUGUAAAAAGGGGAGUGCUGCUAAAUGCACUGAAGCUCCUCAACAUCAGGACCAGCGAUAAAAGGAGAAACUUGGCCAAACAAAAAGCUGAGGCUCAAAGGAGGCUUUAUGGUCAGAAUUCAAUCAAAAGGCUCUUGCCAGGUUCCUCAGACUGGGAGCAGCAGAGGCAUCAGCUGGAGAGGCGGAAAGAGGAGUUGAAAGAGAGACUUGUUCAAGUGCGAAAGCAGGUCUCUAAAGAACAACAUGAAAAUCGACAUAUGGGGAAUUAUAGACGAAUUUAUCCUCCUGAUGAUAAAACUCUACUUGAAAAGUAUGAAAAUUUGUUGGCUGCUGCCUUUCAGACCUUUCUUUCAGGAAGAGCAGCUUCAUUCCAGCGUGAGCUGAACAAUCCUUUGAAAAGGAUGAAGGAGGAAGAAAUUUUGGAUCUUCUGGAACAAUGUGAAAUCGAUGACGAAAAGUUGAUGGGCAAAACUUCCAUGCCUCGAGGACCAAAGCCUCUCUGUUCCAUGCCAGAGAGUACAGAGGUGAUGAGAAGACAGAAGUGCUACAGCAGUGAUAGCAGUUAUGAUAGUAGUGACAGCUCUUCAGAAUCAGAUGAAAAUGAAGAGUACCAAAGUAAAAGAAGAGAAAAGCAAGUUACUUAUAAUCUUAAACAGCCCAACCACUGCAAAAUAUUCCAAACAUCCAGUUCCAUAAGGCGUUCAUUCAGUUGCCCUCGGUCCAUCUCUUCUCAAUCACCUUGUAGUGCAGACAUCCGCCCUCUUUCUGCUCAACAAAUGAUGUCGGCAUCCCGGACAACUUCAUCGUGUCGGUCACAUUCCUUAAACCGUGCUUCCUCCUACAUGAGGCAUCUGCCUCAUAGUAAUGAUGCCAACUCUAAUUUUCAGGUGAGUGAGUCUUUGCGGCAACCAAGAACAAAAGAACAAGAAGAGGAUCUAACAAGUCAGACCUUACUUGUUCUCAAUGACAUGAAGAUCCGUUUUCCAGGGAAAUCAGAUGCAGAAACACAACUUCUGGUAGAAGAUAUCCUUGAUAACUGGAAGUUUCAUAAAACAAAAGUGGCUUCAUAUUGGCUCAUAAAAUUGGACUCUGUAAAACAACGAAAAGUUUUGGACAUAGUAAAAACAAAUAUUCGCACAAUUCUUCCACGCAUCUGGAAGGUGACUGAUGUCGAUGAACUACAUUUAUAUCGGAUUUUUAACCGGGUUUUUAAUCGCUUACUCUGGAGUCAUGGCCAAGGACUAUGGAACUGUUUCUGUGAUUCAGGAUCCUCUUGGGAGAGUAUUUUCAGUAAAAGCCCGGAGGUGGUGACUUCUUUGCAGCUCCAGUGUUGCCAGCGCCUAGUUGAACUAUGUAAACAGUGCCUGCUUCUGGUUUACAAAUAUUCAACAGAGACAAGAGGAUCAUUCUCAGGCAUUGGCACUGACUGGGGUAAUUCCAGGUAUUUACUACCAGGAUGUACACAAUUCUUCAUAAGAUCACCAGUCUACAACUUGAAAUACAGUUCACCUGGAAUGACUCGCUCCAAUGUUUUGUUUACAUCCAGAUAUGGCCAUUUGUGAAACAGAAGGGAAAUUGCCAUGGGUUAUGCAUUAUAGCAAUUCAUUGCCCCCUAAUGUAAACAUGCAAAGAAAGCAACCGUUAAGUGCUGUUUUAUGUAUAUAUGACAUAUAUAUGUGUGAAAUAUAUGCACACAUCACUCAAAUAAUAUAUUUAUUAUAUAAAAGAAUUAGAAAACUUGGAUAGAAGACUUAACCUUUCUGUAAAUGUAAUAAACCAUGUUAAUAUUGUUUACACAAUAUGUGAAUGUCUAGAAUUUGCUAGGUUUAUAAUUAAUACCUUCCUACUAGAAAUGGUAUUUUUGCUGCAGAGAAUAUGAAACAGAACUGAUCUUGGAGAUCUCACUACAGUGUUAAAUUAUUUUCUAGAUAACAUGUCUUUAACUUGAAUAAGCUCUAGUAGUGUAAUACCUUAUUCUUUUACAUAUAUAGUAGCCAUAUAAAAUGAAGAAAAAUUAGAAGCCUAGUAUUGCUUUGAUGAUAGGAUUAAGUAUAAAACGGGUUUAUCAUGACUAUAGCACACUGUAAAAUACUAUAAAAAUUCCAGCUUGAUUCUUCAACAUUUUGAUUCCUCUAUGUGGAAAUUUAGCUACUUAUGAUAAUGUAAAUUUUCAGUAAGGAUCUAGUGAGACCAUUUAAAUGAAAGACAAUCCAGUGGGUUAAUAAAAAACAAAACAUAAACUAGCUUUUAUUUUGACUUUUUAUCAGGAGUUACUAGUACAUUAAGGAAUAGAAAAUGAUGAUAAUGACAAAAAUCUUUUCAGAUGAUUUUUGUUAUACUACUCAUUUUUAUUUGGAACGUAUAUCUCCAAUGUGUAUACAGUCAAAAACAUUUUCUUCUGUUCUUCAGCAGUAGAAGAGUUGACCUUUGAAACUCAUUUCAAUGUUAAUGUGUCACUUAUUUUAUACGUCUUUCAAUGUUGAGACCAAAUUACAUUGCAAAGUCUAAUACAGUUUCACACUGCACCAUAGAAAAUAAUCUAAAAUGUUGCAAAUGGAGGAUUUUGCUUACUGGAUAUUAGUUGUGGUGUACCCUUAAGGAUUUUUAAAAAUCAAAAUAAAGUAUGAAGUUUCUUCUA